GCCUUACAAUUUUGCUCUCUUUGCCUCAUUCGUCCCUUCACACCUGCACCACACCUUCUCUGCCCCAAUUGGUUCCUUCCCAAAUUGAGCCAAAAAAGGCCAAGUGAAGAUCAGCACAGCACAGAGAUAGAGAGAGAGAGAGAGGGGGAGACCCAAUCACCAUUGGAGCACUUUUUCUUGAACACAGAGCCCUCGUGUUUGGCACCAAACCCCCGGCCCCCACCCCCCAAAACAGCACACCAUUUUUUCCAUUUCCAUUUCCUUUGCACUGCUCUGUUCUCUGUUCAGAAAGCAACCCCACUUUACUGCCUUUCUUCAUUGACUCCUUCUACUGCUGGAAGAGUUGUGUGUGGGUCUCUGUUUCUGAUGAAGAUGGUGCUGCCGGAUACGAUACACUGCGUGAACUCUCCGGAGAUGACAGUCCUCGAGCGGCAGCGGACGAGCCUGCUCAAGUGGCAGCAAGACCAGGGGGCUGCUCUGUUUCAGCAGCAGACCCAGAGCUUCUAUGGUGUCGGUGGCGGAGUGUCGUCGUGUUUCUCUCCGGGCAGCGAGAGUUUUAUGGGGCUCGGUGAAGUCGUGAACCAGUGCAAUAUGAUUGACCCGGCUAGCGGAAUUGAGUACUGGGGUCAGCAGGGGAAGGUUGAGGUGCCUGCUAUCGGGUUCGGUGGCGGGGUUGCUCCUUCCGGAUAUGAGGUCAGUUGUGGGAGCAUUUCCGGGACCGCCAGCUGCCCCACCACUGUGGUGAUGGCAGCCUCUGGAGCACAGGCCAUGGCGGCGGCACUGGCGGAGGAGAAGAUCGGUGCACCGGUCGGGAAGGAAAGGUUCAAUAAGAGGAAGCUUGAGAGAGCGCAUAGCACAAAGGGCUGUGAGGAUGACGCAAGAGACAAGAAGAUCAAAGGUUGCUCCGACGAGUUGGAAUCGAAGAUCACCGAGCAAAGCAACAAUAACAGCAAUGGCAACAAGAAGGACGCCAGAAAUGGCAACGACAACAACAAAGAGACAUCUGUAAGCAGUUCGAAGGACAAUUCAAAAGCUUCCGAAGUCCAGAAGCCUGACUAUAUCCAUGUCCGUGCUCGCCGGGGUCAAGCCACCGAUAGCCACAGCUUAGCCGAAAGAGUAAGGAGGGAAAAGAUCAGCGAAAGGAUGAAAUUCCUGCAAGAUUUGGUACCGGGAUGCCACAAAAUUACCGGAAAAGCCGGAAUGCUUGACGAGAUUAUUAACUAUGUGCAGUCUCUCCAACGACAGGUCGAGUUCUUGUCCAUGAAACUAGCUGCUGUGAACCCGAGGCUCGACUUCGACAUCGACAGCCUCUUCCAGAAGGAGGUAAACCAGAUGAUUCCUACCUGCACGAGCAGCUUUCCGACAAUGGACAUGUCCCCGGAGCUAACUAACCCAGCCUACCUACAUUUCGAUCCCAUGCAGCAAGUAGUCUCGUGUUCGACCCUCGACAUGGGGAUUAUCAAUCCUGACAUGGGUAUUCGGAGAACAAGUGGUCCCGUGCCCGUCCCUGAUCCAUUCAUCGACUCGUCUUGCUUCCCACAAAUACAGCCCGGGCCGACGUGGGACACGGAUUUUCAGAAUCUCUACAACAUGGAGUUCCAACAGGGCAGGGCAACAGCAACAACAACAUAUCAAUCCCAUCAGCAGUACAAUAUGGGUCCAAUGGAGGCUACUAACAUGAAGAUGGAGAUCUGAACAUCUGGAUGUCGUCAUCGGCUGGGAACUCUUGGACAACUUCAUUCCAAGCGGCUUCCUCAAUCAACUUAUUUUUACUUUUCCAGUAAAUACAUAUAUAUAUAUAUAUAUAUCUAUAUACGUAUAUGUAAUUGAUGUAUAUGUGAUCACAUUUGAUUAUGCAAUAGCAUGAAUGAUGCUCCUCUAUUGUUA